UCCCCGCCCCUCGCUUUGGCCCUUUCUCUCCCCGGCACCGUGCGGCGGCGGCGGCCAGAGCAGAGGCGAGCGCAGGAGCCCGCGGCCCGGACGAUGAAGUGCAAGCCGAACCAGACGCGCACCUACGACCCGGAGGGGUUCAAGCAGCGCGCAGCGUGCCUGUGCUUCCGGAGCGAGCGCGAGGACGAGGUGCUGCUGGUGAGCAGUAGUCGCCACCCGGACCGCUGGAUCGUGCCGGGCGGGGGCAUGGAGCCCGAGGAGGAGCCGGGCGGCGCGGCCGUGCGGGAGGUGUACGAGGAGGCGGGCGUCAGGGGCAAGUUGGGCCGGCUCCUGGGCGUCUUCGAGCAGAACCAAGAUCGCAAGCACAGAACGUACGUGUAUGUACUGACUGUCACUGAGAUUCUGGAGGACUGGGAAGACUCGGUGAAUGGCAUAGAUGUUGUUCAGACUCAUUUGAAAGAACCCAAUGAUGAAUGGAAUUGUGAAGCACAGGUGAGCUCUUUCACACUCCCACGGACACAGCUCAUCCUAUGCUUCUGGACACUUCCUCCCAGUUUAUUACAAUGACUAUGAUCUAGGUUGUUGCACUACCACUGUAUCUGUACAGCCUUCCAAUGUGGCUCUAUGGCCUAUUUCUGCUGUUAUGAUUAUGUGUCUGUAAUUUCCUAGGUUACAUGUCCUUGAGUGCAAGUACUUUGUUUACUUAGUCUUUUUUACAUAUCUAACAUACAAGACAUAAUUUGAAAUAUGAUAGACAUCACUGAAGGUUUGCUUAAAUGACAUUUUGUAGAUGGCAAAGCAUUCAUUUUCUAAUCUGGUGUUAUUACAGUAAUGUCUAGCAUAUAUGUGGCUUUUACAUGCCAAAUGUCACACAAGUGUUUCAUAGGCAGCUGUGAGAUUAAAAAACAAAAAUUCUUACUCAUAUUGCCUAUGUCAUCCCAGACAUUUACGUGCUGUCUGAUGGCAGUGUGCUGUACCACCUAUGAAUAUACUUGCCAAAAUUUUAAACCUAAAUCUGACUGUGCCUCUAGACGUAAUUCCUAAUCUGUAGAAAAUACAGGGAAGAGAGAAAUUUACCACUGUGCACCACAGAAAUGAUGUCUGCAGAGUCAAAACUGUAGAGUUUCUUCAAAAAUAAAUGGCCAGAACAAAAGAAAAAGAUGAAGGUUGAACCUAUAGGUUCAGAGAAAUUUAAGUGACAUAUCAACCAAUUGUGAUAUAUGGGCCUUUUGGAUCCUGAUUUGACCAAACUAUAACAAAAGCAUUUGUGAGACAAUCAGGAUAACUUGAAAAUUGACCUGAUACUUGAUAUUAGUUGGGAUAAUGGUUUUGUGGUUAUAUUGAAAACAAGAGUCCUUAUCUUGUAGAGAUAUGUUCUCAAAUAUUUAUGGUGGAAAUGAUACCUGGAAUUUGCUUAAAAAUAAGUCUGUGGAUGUUAAGAGCUUUGGAGGUAUUGAUGAAACAAGAUUGGUCUGGAUAAUUGUUAAAGCUGGGUGAUAGUUAUAUGAUGGUUCAUUAAAUAUGUUUCUCUACUUUUGUAUAUAUGUUUGACAUUUUCAUAGUAAAAACUUAAUAAAAAUUGUUAUCAGAGUCCUCAUUGAAGCUAAGAUAUAAGACUUAGAGAAAAGAAGAAGAGGAGGAAAAAUUUUAGAUUAUUUAGAAAAUGCUGGCUAUGGGGUGCCAUACUGGAGUGGCUAGUACUUCCCUUACCACACACCAGUGUUAUGAGUUUUUCCUUUUAAUUUGGCCCAUUGAAAUUGAGUCAAAUUCUCAUGCCAUAUAUUUUCU